AUGGAGGUGGCGCUGGUCAACUUCGAGAACCUGGACGACAUCGGCAUCAACAUGGGCGACCAAGACGACCCAGACUGUGCCAACGAGAUGACCUCCCUGACCGUGGACCCGCCCAGGCGCGGCUCGGGCAAAAACCACCUGCUCACCCCCCAGAGGUCACCUCAUAGAGCACAGCAGGGGCCGCCGCAGCAGUCGCCGACCAUCCUUCCAGCCAGGAGGGGGCGCGCCAGCUGCGCCAGCCUGAUCUCCAACUGGAAGAUGCUUCUGAACAGUGAGGGGACGCAGAGUGAGACCAUCUUCAGCAAGCUGGCUAAAGAGUGCUGCGAGGAUCUGUUUGUGGACAAACGGGGCCUGGAGGAGGGGGACCAGAAGGUGAUCAUCAACAUCGCGGGCCUGCGCUUCGAGACGCAGCUCAAAACCCUGGAUCAGUUCCCAGAGACCCUGCUGGGGGACCCCAUGAAAAGGAGAGACUACUUCGACCCCAUGAGAAACGAGUAUUUCUUCGACCGCAAUCGACCCAGUUUUGAUGGGAUUUUGUACUACUACCAGUCUGGUGGUAAGAUCCGCAGGCCUGCCAAUGUUCCCUUGGACAUUUUUGCGGAUGAGAUUGAUUUCUACGAGCUGGGCAAUGAGGCAAUGGAGCAGUUCCGUGAGGACGAGGGCUUCAUCAAAGAGGUGGAGGUACCCUUGCCCACCAGUGACAUCCACCGGCAGUUCUGGCUUCUGUUUGAGUACCCAGAGAGCUCCAAUGCUGCCAGGGGCGUGGCUCUGGUGUCUGUCUUUGUCAUAGUUAUCUCCAUUAUCAUUUUCUGCCUGGAGACCUUGCCAGAGUUCCGUGAGGAGAUGGGAUUCCUCCCUACUGUCGUCCAGGUCCUCAACGAAACUCAGGAGGGCUACGCUCCUCUCUCUCCCCCAAGCCCCACCCCCAGGACCCUCACCAACACGUUCUCUGACCCCUUCUUCAUCAUUGAGACAGCCUGCAUCUUCUGGUUCUUCUUCGAGCUGUGCGUGCGCUUCACCGUCUGCCCCAGCAAGAAGGAGUUCUUCAACAACAUCAUGAACAUCAUCGACAUCGUCUCAAUCAUCCCCUACUUCGUCACGCUGGUGACGGAGCUGGUGACGAAGCCGGACGCCAGCUCGGGCCAGAACAUGUCGCUGGCCAUCCUGCGCAUUAUCCGCCUGGUGCGGGUCUUCCGGAUCUUCAAGCUCUCCAGGCACUCCAAGGGCCUGCAGAUCCUGGGCCAGACCCUGAAGGCCAGCAUGAGGGAGCUGGGGCUGCUCAUCUUCUUCCUCUUCAUCGGCGUCAUCCUCUUCUCCAGCGCCAUCUACUUCGCCGAGGUGGACGAGCCCCAGACGCAGUUUGUCAGCAUUCCCGACGGCUUCUGGUGGGCGGUGGUGACGAUGACCACUGUGGGCUACGGGGACAUGUGCCCUAUCACCAUGGGGGGUAAAAUGGUGGGCACCCUCUGCGCCAUCGCCGGGGUGCUCACAAUCGCCCUGCCCGUCCCCGUUAUUGUAUCCAACUUCAACUACUUCUACCACCGCGAGACGGAGCAGGAGGACAAGCAGCCAAUUGCAGACGCGCCCGAGGCGGCCCUGAGGUCAGGACUCACUACCAAACAAGGCAGCACCACCUCCCUCAACAAAGCUAAUGGCAACUGGCAGGGAGACAAAUCCAAAAGCACAGGGCUUUGA